AUGGUAGCAAAGACGCCGACAUUUGAGUACUACGGUUUUGUUGUUUAUCUGGUGUCUCUGGCGGCAUUCUUUGUGUACUUGAUGUGGGCGUAUCUGCCAGACAAUGUUUUAGAAGCCAUCGGCAUCACUUACUACCCAGAUCGCUACUGGGCGCUGGCUCUGCCUGCGUGGUGGAUGACUGCUGUGGCAUUCGUGUAUCUCUUCAAUAUGGCCGCCAACAUGUACAACACGCCGCUGCUUAAUUCGAUAGACAACAUCACCGAUUCGUACUCCAAUAUGCCCAAGGACAUGUCAAAGGCGGGUGAGUUCUAUAGUUCUGAAAUUGGAGGCAUUCCGCCAGUCAGCGACCUCCCUAUCUCAUUGGUAAACAAGUGCCUCUACCAAGAGAGUGAAUCAUGA